AUGAGAAUGCUCCACGUAAUUAUAAAGCCACUCUUUCUUCUUCUGAUUCAUAGCCGAAGCCACCGUUCGGCCUUUUACUGGGUCAUUACUUCAAGAUCAGUUGCAAAUUCUCUGUGUCACAACGCAAUUGAGCCUAGCCCAGACUCUUUAAGAGUUUCUCAGGUCCAGGAUGCGCUGUCGUAUAUCCAAACUAUGGUCCCAUUUUCCUCAUUUUGGGUGCUUGGAACCAAGGGGACACUUGGCUUCAGCUCAAGAACUUCAUCAAAUCACGAUUUAGUCCUUUGCUCAAUUAACGCUCAUAUCCUAAAUCCACAAUGUAAAUUGCUACACCAAGUUGAAAAUCAAUUCAGGCCACUUUAUAAUGAUGCUAUUAGAAGUGGUAUGACAGCAAUUUAACUGUACCAAACUGUAGCAUACCAUGACGCCAACCUAAUCUGCAUAAUUGUUACAAGUGGCAAGGCCACUGCCGUAUAUUGACAUA